AUGUCGACCCAAACUGCUCCGGCUAUUCCCCCUCGACCGGCUCGAUCUCCCAAACCACCGUCGUCAUCUGUGGAGAUGCCCAAGAUACCAUCACGCCCGGCAAACCGUCGCAAUGAUCGUUCGGUUUCGCCCAUGCGUGAGAGCUAUGCACCUUCACCGUUCAAUGAAUGGAACGGUCCUUCGCUGAGCCGUACCGUAUCGCAUGAACUGCCCCCACGCCCGCCUAGCGUCACGAUACCAUCUCUCGGCGAGGAGGGCAUUGAAUAUGCUGACCUCGACCCUGGUAAUAUGUCAGACAGUCACCAUCAAACACCCGCGGAGACUCGUAACGUUAGCAGUGACCUCAAGAUCCAUGCACCCAGACCUUCAUUGCCGACAUCAAGUGCUGAAGCAAAAGUGCAGGCCGUCACCCGCACCGAUUCCCGGCAGGCUGCUGCGGCAGGAUUGGGCCGGGGCGUUUCGCCUGCUCGCGAGGAACACGAACGUCCAGGUCGUUCACCACACUCCCGGGCGAGCGGUUCGCGCGCGGAAUCGUCAACAGCCUCCAAUGACCGCCGACACUCUGCUCAGCUUGGCGAGGAGCAGGGGUUCCGAGUGCCCAUGUACCCCAACGCCGGUGACGUCCAGGCACCAUCUCCCAGCCCGUAUCUCGACCAAGGCUCGCAGCGUUCGGGCCGUAAUCAUCACCGCUCCCGUAGUGCCCGUGACUCUUCCUUGCCCCCCGGUAGCUACGGUUUGCAUGGACACGGUGUUCAGCAUCCCGAUAAGUUUGAGAAGGCCUGGUAUGACAAGCACCCGGAUGAGUUUGUGAAGGAAGAAGGGCAAUACGGCCCUGGGGUGGGCACACCGCGCCCUGAUUGGGCUAUGAGCAGCGACGAUUUGAACAAGAUUGUUCGAAGCUCGGCCCAAACUGGUUCCGGCCUUGGUACUUCCCCAGCCGUAGUGGGCACUCCCGAAGAAGAGGUCGGUUAUAUAGCGUCCGAUGAGUACAUGCACCGUAUAGUGUCUCCUGCGCCCGACGUUCGACUCGAAACUCAGCCAUCCAUCGAGUCGCCACUUCGACAAAUGAGCUUCCCCUCCGAAGCUUCUGAAAAGCAACCGACCGCAAGCUCGUUGCGUCAUCGCAGGUCUAGCUCGCACAGUUUCCGCGAGGGUGGUGUGAUUCACGUGGAUGAUCCGAUGCAUCCUUUGCAUCAUCCGGAUGGAUUUGCUCCGACUCCGGCGCCUGAAGAAAAUGAGUCGGCACUCGAGAACGAGGAAGAAGAAGAACCAAUCUUGGCCGCUGAUGAAGUACGCCCUGAAUCGGCGUACUUACACCCCGCUGUGUCCCCGACAUUUGAUCGCCGGAGCAGUUUCGAGGAUGAUGGUCGGAGUCGAACUUCGAGUAUCACGCAUAGUCGUUCGCAAAGCCGAUCAACAAGCGCACAGGGCCAGUUCCCCGUGCUGACACGUUAUGACUCGCGUGAUGAUACACACACGCCCCUCGAAGAUGUUGAGGAGUAUGAGCCGCUAUUCCCCGAGGAGAAUACUAAGGAAGAACAAGUUCUGUCUGCUGCGGAUCGUUUCAAAAAGAGACCGGACUCACUCCAGCACAGAUUCCCUAGCCAGGAUAUUUGGGAGGACACUCCCAACAGUCUGCAGCUUCAUGCCACAGUGACCACCCCAGAUCUGCCCAAGCGUGCCUCUGCCGAAACCUUUGAGACACCCGAGCAAGAGGCCACGCGCCGAUUACAGAAUACCAAAGUCGACUCACAUCAGGUGGCUGCUCAUAUUCUCGAAGGCGAGAGAUCCAGAGACAAAGCUCCUGUGCGGCCAGACACAAUCAAACAGCGAUUCCCUAGUAGAGACAUCUGGGAAGAUGCUCCCGAUAGUCAGCAGCUGGUGACCACCGUGCAACCCGCGACAGAAGAGUUGAAGAGCCCAGAAGUACCCUCCAGGCCUGGAAUUCCCCCGCGUCCACAAAAACAGGCUCAGUCCGUCUCGCCAACCGAAAAGCGCCAGCCACCAUCAAUCCCCGACAGACCUAAGCCCCAGGUCCCUAGCCGUCCCGCCAAAUUCAGUCCGACUUCACAAAACAAUGCCGAGGCCUCGAGGGAUGCUCCUGCAGUCAAGCCCAAGCCUGCAAUUCCCGCUCGCCCGGCUGGGAACAAGAUCGCAGCCCUGAAGGCUGGCUUCCUGACCGAUCUGAAUUCUCGUCUGCAGCAGGGCCCACAACAGCCGAAGCCCCAAGAAAAAGAGGAGGAGGCAGUCGAGAAGCAAUCUCUGAGCGAUGCUCGCAAGGGAAGAGCCCGUGGCCCCGCGCGGCGAAAGCCGGCCGUGGAGAAGGUCACUGCCAAACUCCCCACCAUUCCGGAAAUCAAGAUAACGGAAUCUUUCAAUGUGUGGCAAAUUGCCCAUGAUGGCAACCUGGUUGUUGGGACCACUAAUAGAGAUGAAAAGCCUCUUGCUGCGGUGGAAGAACCAUCUGUGCCUGCUGAAAAGCCGAUGGCCCCCCCACUCGCUAAGAACGUCGCUGGAGAAUCUGUAGACCCAGUUGCCGAAUCACCUGUCGUUGAGGAUACAACCCCUCCCAAACCCACAACCGCAGAGGCCGCGCCCGUUGAAUUUUCAACAGAAGCCCCAGAAUCAGGAGAAUCGGCUCCCGUCGCCAGGGAGACAUCUCCGGAGCGGGAGGAGAGGGAAAAUGUGGCCGAGACAGAACCCUCAGAACCGGAAGCUGUCCCUGGGGCGAUCUCUGAAUCUAUGUCAACUCCAGCUAAGCUGAAUGACGCCCUUGGGGAGAUCGCAUUGUCAGCAGAGGACAAGAAAGACUCCAACGAUAAUGUUCACACUGAACAGUAG